AUGGCGGAGGCUGACUACGACGAUGAGAUGAGCGCGGCAGAUCUCAAGGCGGCGCUGCUGGACUCCCUGUUUGGCACGGAGCGCGGCCUUGCGGCGCGCAGCGAGGUGCGGGCGGAGAUCAACGAGCUCAUCACCCAGCUGGAGGCCAAGAACCCCACGCCUUCGCCCACCGAGAUAUUGUCUGCCCUCAACGGCGAGUGGAAGCUGGUGUACACCAGUAACAGCGAGCUGCUGGCCAUCCUGGCUCUCAGCAAGCUGCCGUUUGUGACGAUCGGUGACAUCACGCAGCGCGUUGACGUCCUCAACAACACCGUCGAGAACAAGGCCCAGAUCAGCGUGCCGCUGUCACGCACCGCCGUCAGCACGACGGCAAGCUUUGAAGUGCGCAGCCCCAAGCGCCUCGCCAUCCGCUUCGAGCGCGGCGCAAUCGCGACCCCGCAGCUGCUGUCCGACCUCAGCAUCCCCGACUCGAUCAGCGUGCUGGGGCAGAGCGUCGACCUGACCGCGGUGCGCGGCCUGCUGCAGCCCGUGGAGAGCGGCCUGAGCGGGCUCAUCAGCAGCGUCGGCAGCCUGAUCAGCCAGCAGCCAGACCUGUCGUUCCCGCUGCCGGGCGCGGCCGGGGAGCGUGGGGAGACGUGGCUGCUGACGACGUACCUGGACGAUGACACACGCAUCACCAGGGGCGAUGGCGGCUCUGUGUUCAUCCUUGUCAAGGAGGUUUCAAUUGCAACCCCCAGCGAGAUCAUUGAGCCACCAAGCAGCAGUGCGCCGAUUGCGGAGACGCCUGCCGGGUACAUCUAG